GCAUUUGCUCGAAUAUCAAGAUACCAUUUUGAAAAUUCAAAUCUUCACUCCGGCGCCCAACCCCAACACUUUACACUCUGCAUUCUCUCCCUCCUUGUUCAUCCACCAGACCUUCAACUUCACAAAAAAUGGUGGCCCGGAAGAACCUAAACUAUGAAGAUUCUCGACAGAAAAGAUUGGAAGAAAACAAGAAACGAAUGGAAGAACUCAAGCUUACUGUUUUGGCUCAAUCUCUUCGAACCAUUUCAACCCCUAAACCCUCUCCUAUGAAGAAGGUGAACCGGACGCCUCGGAAGCCGGUGGACCUGUCUGCGGUGAGGCGGUCGAAUCGGGUAGCGGAUAAGCCACCUGCAAAUUACAAAGAAGUUCCUAUUGAAACAUUGGGAAUCCGUAGGAGUUAUGGCCCAAAGGUACGGGAUUUAUCAAAUCGAGUAUACGCCUCUGAUGAAGACCGAGAGUAUGCUACAGGGAGAGCUGAUGAACUACACUCCACUUUGCAAUCUGAUUUCCCAAGCUUUGUAAAGCCGAUGCUUCAAUCCCAUGUUUCGGGUGGAUUUUGGCUGGGUCUUCCUCACCGGUUCUCCAAGAGCUACCUUCCUAAACGCGAUGAAAUAAUGACGUUGGUUGACAAAGAUGAGGCGGAAUGGAAAGCAAAGUACCUUCCUAGGAAAACCGGACUUAGUGGCGGAUGGAAAGGGUUUGCGGAAGAUCAUAAACUAGCUGACGGUGAUGCACUCGUUUUCCAACUUAUCAAACCAACGGUUUUUAAGGUUUACAUUAUAAGAGUGAAUCAAGCUGAAGAUAGCGAGGAGGCUUAAUUCAGUCAACCUGUAUUGUUAUUAUAAGCAUGUUCAUCUUAUUGAGUGUUUGGAAAUUUCUUUAACUAACCACAACUGUUUAGCACCCAUAACAGUUGUAAGUUUGGGGGGGGGGGGGGGGUUAGGUCAUUGAUCAAUGGUCACCCUUUUGUUAAACUAUAUGUAAACUGGUUGAUUUUUCAUUCAGCAGAAAACUAGUUCUGAUUAAUCAUCCAAACCGAAUCCAGAAAA